AUGUCAAAACAAGGUAAAAGGAAAAUUACUGUGGAGUUACCUAAAACAAAGGAUUUAUCUAAUAGACCUAGUGUUUUUGAACGCCUCGGUACUAAAAAGGCAAGUUCUAGUGGUAAGAAAACUGAUUUUUGUAGACAGUGGGUGCAACACGGCAGCUGUGCAUAUGGUAAAAGUUGCAAAUUUGCCUCUACUCAUACGUUGAUCAGUCCUUCUAAGCAACGGGCAAAUAAAGAUGUUGACCAAAAACGUUUAGCAAAAGAUGAUCCUAAAAGUCGACUACAUUCAACUGUUGUUGUGAGGACUGGUCGUAGUACCGAUGGUGAGAUAGACAAUUGGGAUCAGAAUGACUUAGAAUAUGCUGAUACUGAUGUCCUUGAAAAAAGGAGGCAACAGCUGCAACAUGAACUAGAGUUACAGUUAAAAAUGGACUCUGGUAAAGAUAUGGCAAAAGAAAAGAAAAAAGCUGUGUCAAGUUCAUCAUCAUCUAGAAGUUCCUCAAGUUCAAGUGGGUCUUCAUCGUCUUCAGAUGGAAGUUCUUCAUCUUCAUCAUCUGGCAGGGAUGCCAAGAAAAAAGCUAAGAAAGGGAAAUUGAAAAGAAACUCAAGUUCUUCUUCUGAUGGUGAUGUACCAGCUAAAAAAAAGUUGGUUAAAAGUGAUACAGUAAAAAGAGAUAAGGCAGAAAUUAAAAAAGGAAUGGGAAAAAAGGAAGAAAAAGUUUUGAAAAAGCCUGAUGGAAGUAAGAAAAAAGUCAUUACAAAAUCUGCAUUAGGUAAAAAGUCUCUAUCACCUACUAAGAAGUCAGGAGGUACUCCACCAAUAACAUCUAAAAGCUUAUUAUCAAAAACAUCCUCCAAGCAUGGAAAAUCUCCUCAAAGAAGAGAAAGAAAUAGGAGUGCAUCUCCUCAAUCCUCUAGAGACCGUGAGAAAGACAAAGACAGGGGAAAAGAAAAAGACAAGGAACGUGAUAAAGACAAGGAAAGAAGAGGCAGAAGUAAAUCACCUAAGAAAGCGAGAUCUAGGUCACCACGACGUUCUCAUCCUAAGGAUACAAGGCGAAAGGAUAGUUCUGAAAGAAGUAGACCAGUGUCACCAAAAAAGCAAUCAAGAAGGGAAGCCAGUACUGACAGACACAAGAAACGAUCACUUAGCAGAGACCGCGAUCGUCGUAGAUCUAUGGAAAGGAAAAAAGAAAAACACGAUGACAAGGAUAGGCAUGACAGAAAAGACAGAGGUCGAGAUCGGAAACAAGAUAAUAAGAGGGAUGAUAAGCGCAGGGGUAGGGAAAGAGGUCUUGCUAAAGAUAAAGGCCUAGAGAAACCAAAUAAACCAAUGCAGAGAUUACUGCCCAGGCCGGAGGAACGUCUUGCAGCACUGGCUGCUAUAUCUAACAAGGCAGUAGAUAAUGACAAAAAUCCUAGAGGUCCCAAGGAUCAACAAGAUAAUCAUUCCGAAAGAGGCCGUAAGCAAGAUAGGAUUGAGAGAGACAGGUCUAUAAAACGGGACAGAAUGGAUAGCAUUGACAGGGAGCAAGGUGACUAUGACAUGGAGCGACCAUACGACCAUGGGAUGGACCACUAUGAUAGAAUGGAAAACAGAUAUGGUAGUAUGCCACGGGAUAGUGACCGGUCGCCAGGAUAUUUACAGGGUAGGGACAGGCAUUAUGACCCAGGAUACGACAUGCCCGGACCUUCCCGAUAUCCGGAAGACGAUGAUAGGAUGUAUGGUGACAUGGGAGAACGGGGCGAUAUAGGAUACGAUGAUCGCCGUCGCGACCGCUCAUGGGAGGGUCGCUCUGGGUCAAUGGAGCGUGACCGUUACAUGCAUCAUAAAGAUUGGGACAAUGAUGAUUAUCGAGGCUCUGGAGACUGGGGAAGGGAGCGGCACUGGCCAAUGCAUGAUGCGCAGAUGAAUGAUUGGGAUAAAGAACAGGAUGAAGGUUGGAGGCAUCGUCAUCCCGGACCACAUAGAAAUCGUAUGCAUGAUGAUUACAAUCGCAUGCGAAUGGACCACGGACGUGACAAACGAAGACGUCCGGAACCAGAGAUAAAAGAGGCACCACCAGCUCAUGAUGAUGACGAUGACAAACCUAUACCGGAUGACCUCAGUGAAAUUAGUGAUGACCCUGACGAUAUUUUGGAACGGGAUGAUAUGCAAGAUCAAACUCUGGAUGAGGACAGUCAAACGGAAAAAUUAGAUGAACGUGCGAACGCAAAACCAGAUAAUGUUGAGAAAGAAAAUACACAGGACACUAUUGGUGCCUGUGAAGACAAAGAAUCUCAAGAUGGUAAAGAUGAAGAUGACGUCGCCAAUCUUGAUUUUGAAGAAAUCUCUGACGGCGAGUUGGAAGAGGAAAGGACCAGAACUGGUCUAGGUGAUGCCUUAGGCGUAGACUGGGCCAGUCUAGUCGCAGAUGUCAAUCGUCGGGAGCAAAAACCGCCGACAGGAGGCGCCAGAGAUAGAUGGCGACCGGAGCGCGUUCUGGCACGUCUCGGUCUGUCCAUUAAUAUGGCAGGGAAGGAAAAAGUCCAGGAUAUUUUGCAGAAGAAUAGCGAAUCAAUGGAAAGUAAAGAUGGAUUGACAAAUGGGAAACACGAGACGUGUACUGAUGUUGAGAGUCUUCAUCCUGUGGGUGCUGUUCAGGUUUCGAUGGAAAAAAGAAAACGUCAACGCGAAGUGCUUUUCGGUUUGGGAUGUGAAAUCACUCGCGGUUUAAGUGCAAGGCGUGACUUGGCGUUACGUAGAUACUUGUGCCAUCUACCGGCUGUGGAAAGAAGUCAAUCCAGGGUUACCCCACAGCCAUCGCUGUUCCAAGCAGCCAGGGCUCUGCUAGAAGCACCGGUGAAUGGCUGA